AAUAAACCCAACUGUAUUAUUUUCAAAGAUGCAACAAUUUAUAUCCCAAGUAGAAGCAAUUAGGACUAAUAUUAUGCAAGUUUUCAAACAGAUUAAAUCCCUUGAUGAAGAGUCUUCUGAGAUAGUUAUUGACUUUUCAGGCAAAGACAAUAGCAUUAAGACAGUUAUAUUAGAAAAUCUGCUUAGAUUUCUAAAGAUUGCCCUUCAAUUUGAAAACCAAGCCAAACUCUAUAAUGUCGAUCAGGAAAUGUUAUCAAUAAUGGAAUCGAAAAAUAAGCUCAAUGUCCAAAAUCUCGAGAGCUGAGCAACAGAGUUAUCUCAGAAAUAUGAGGGAUCUCAGAAGGAAGUCCUUUCUCUCAAGAAUGAAAACUACACUUUAAAGUCAAAGCUUGAGACAUUAAAAUAAGGAGAUUAAACAGAACCGUUCCUCCCUUCUAAAGUCAAAUGCUGAGAAUGCUCAACAGAAGACAUUAGUUUCUACUACAAAUGAGACUAUCUCUAACAGCUCUUUUCUUUCAUCUCGGGCUGAAUCACAGAUGUUUAAGUACAAAUCUCGAGCAGACCAGAACUCAUCGAACAAAUCUGCAAUGAGGUAUACACACUCUAAGAAAGAGUCUAUAGAGUCUCCUAAGAAAGCGCCUCAGAAGCAUAACUUCCGAAGGAAAUGUAAAAAUGAGAAGGAAAUUAUGACAAAAACUCAGAAAAAUAUCUGUUACAAUCAAUUUACGAAGAACGUUAAGAACCUGCAAUCUUCAGAAUCAUUAAGAAGUCUCUCUAAGACUCUCAGAAGUAGGGAUGAACUUCAAAAGGCUGAUAAGAGCCCGAACAAGGCAAUAGAGAACUUCUCAAAGUAUAUCAAUCCUAAGAAAAAGUGUGAAAACAAGAAUAUCCAGAUCCAGCCACAUAAUAAGUACCAGAACAAGUCUAGAGAGGCAUUUGCAAUAAAGCUCAAAGGGAAGAUAAGCAAAGGAGGAUGUAUGCCCUCGUAUUCUCCUCUGAAGUCAGUUAAAAGCUCUAAGAACUUCAAAGCAGUCAAACCCAAAACUCCUCAAAAUGAGAAUGACCCUCAUCAGAAGUUAUACAAAAGGAAGGCUUCCUUCCAAGCAUUCAGCCAAAACCCUACUAAGAAGUCUGGAAGGAAUACUUACCAGUGUCUUAUCACAAGUAAGAGCUCAGCUCCAUUAGAGAAUAAGCCUUUAAGUCCAUCUCUUACGGCUCAGAACUUGUCGAACUAUAUAAAUAUUAGUCGAAACCAGGAAGUUUCUGGGAUAAAUUCCAGAAAGACCCAAUACUGAGAGAUCAAAAAAUAUUUCCAAGAGAAGAGAAAUGAGAGAAAAAUCAUCAAACAACAAAGAAGUGAAGGGAGAUGUUAAUUCAUUUUCAAUCAUUUCUGAGGAA